AUGGAGCUAACUGCUGAUCUAGAGCAUGAACAUGUGCACAAGGUGUAUUCACAGAUUGCCACCCACUUCAGUGACACAAGAUUCAAGCCUUGGCCCAGGAUUGCUCAGUUUUUGAAUGACCAACCUGUUUCAAGCAUCAUUGCCGAUGUAGGAUGUGGUAAUGGAAAGUACCUCGGAGUCAACCAAUCAACAUAUUGUCUUGGCUCGGAUAUUUGUCCUGAGUUGAUAUCCAUAGCAAAUGAUCGAGGUCAUGAGGUGGCUGUGUGUGACUGUCUGCAACUUCCUUAUAGGACGGGAAUGUUUGAUGCUGUCAUCUGCAUUGCUGUGAUUCACCACUUGUCGACCGAGGAGAGACGACUGGCAGCUCUCAGGGAGAUGACCAGAAUACUUAGGAGUGGAGGGCACAUGUUGGUGUAUGUUUGGGCCAUGGAGCAAGAAAGGAAGCAGUUUGAGGCACAGGAUGUUAUGGUUCCUUGGCAUCUACAACCUAAAUAUGCGAAAGGGGCAAGCCAAGAAAAAGUAUCCCAAAAGAGCACAGAUAAUGCGAGAAUGAGAGAAAGAAAAAGACUAAAGAAGAAACAAAAGAAACAGCAAAAAAGUCAAGUAUCACAGGCAAGUGCUGUUGGACACGAGGACUCUACUGAACUCAAUUUAACGGAGGAUACAUCACAUACUGAAUAUCUACUGGGUGACUUGUCAGCUCUAAACUUAAGCGACGAAGAUCUAGCAAUUGGACCGCACAAAACUAUUGGAGAGGAAUCACAUGAGCUUCAUAGAACUGACGUCGAAUGCUCAACAGAAGCCAUUGCUAACAAUGUUGACAUUGCUCCAUAUAAAGGAAAGAUAACAAAUUCACAUGAAUUAGCACAAAGGAACUCCCCAAAUGAUGAUUGUGCAGCUAAUGCAAGCAAUGGUCUUGAGAAGAGGGGCUAUCAAACAUUCCAGAGAUACUACCAUGUGUUUCAAAGAGGGGAACUUGUUCAAUUGUUGUCUAAAUGUACUGAUGUAGUAGUUAUAGAAGAAUUUUAUGACCAUGAGAAUUGGUGUGUAAUAGGCAAGAAACUUUAAAGUUUUGUUAAUUUGUCGUGGUACAUGUACAUGUAAUCAAUAUUAUGUAUAUCGUUUCACACACAAAAUUAAUUUCAAAGAUGAGAUGAAAUUAAAACCAAAAACAGCAAGAAAUACAAAACUGGUUUAAAAUGGACGAAAAGCUAAGCAACCAUUAAAAAGUCAAUGUUUUGGUACGUUACCCAUCACACAUUUUUAUACUGUUUCAGUAUCGUUUUCAUCCGGCAACAAAGGAACAUCGUCGAGUUGCGUCUCAGUGCUUUGCUGCUCAACCGUAGGCUCUAUCACAGCAGCAGUAUCAGUGCUUUGGGGGGCAAAGGGAUCAGACUUGGUAUACACAGGUAGCCCAGCUUCAGAAUUGUCCCGCUCAGAGCUAGCAACUGGUGUGUAGACAGGGGGAGCAGCAGA